AUGGCGCCAGUACACAAAGUGGCCGUUAUACAGUGGCAUAUCAAAAAUCUCGACCCAGAAUACAAUCACUCCCAAGCCGUCAAGUAUAUCACAUCUGCCGCCGCCGAUGGCGCCGUCCUCGCUGUUCUCCCAGAAUACCACCUCUGCGGCUGGGACCCGGAAUCACCAUCCUUCUAUACACAAGCCUUUCAAAAUCAGCCCUACCUCGACGCUUACUGCCACCUAGCCCAAAAACUACACAUCAACAUCGUGCCAGGAACAAUGAUCAUACCCGAGCCAAAAGACCCCGCUGCUACAAACGAAACAGAAAAACGCUACGCCCUCUACAACACAGCCUACUUCAUUUCUUCAACCGGCACCAUCCUCGGCAAAUACCGCAAAAAGAAUAUCUGGUACCCCGAACGUCCAUAUUUGACGUCUAGCGGCACCGAACCCCAUGAAGUUCUGGAUACGGAGAUUGGCAAAAUUGGCAUGCUGAUAUGCUGGGAUCUCGCGUUCCCCGAAGCAUUCCGCGAACUAAUCGCAAAGGGCGCGGAGACCAUCAUCAUGCCUACGUACUGGGGCAAACACGACGUGAGCGAGGAAGUGCUGAAAAUUAAUCCGAAUAGUGAGCAGCUCUUUAUCGAGUCUGCGCUUACAUCGCGCUGUUUCGAGAAUACGUGCGCAAUCGUAUUUGCGAAUGCGGCCGGUCCUGCAGAUUUUUAUUUGGGUCUGUCGAGGGUCGUCGUGCCGUUUAUUGGGCCGGUAGACGGUAAAAGUAUGGAUGCAGAAGAGGAAGGGGCGCUGGUUGUGGAAUUGGAUUUGUCGCUGCCGAAGUUGGCGGAGGAGAAUUAUAAGAUUAGGCAGGAUAUUACAUCGAAGGGGUGGCAUUAUAGUUAUCGACAUGAUGCAGUUCUCAAGAAGACUUAG